ACAGCCCACUUUUAUGUUGCGCAACCAUCAGAUAAAAAGGGAAGGAGUGGCAAAGAUUUUCCAUACAGAAAACAACUUUGCUCAACACAAGAACUAAUUCAGCUUCUAAAACACACCUGAGCAAUGGCAGAGGAACUUUUCAAAGUGAGGCCAGUCUUUGCAGCCAACGUAUCCUUGGCAGUAAUGGAAGAUAUUCUGGACGAUCUUUUGACCAACAAAGUCCUGAGCGACGGGGAACGUGAAGCCCUUCUUGAGGGAAACCCGACCAGAAGAAACAAGGCUCGUACUCUGCUUGACAAUGUGAGGCGCAAAGGUGAUGCUGCAAGCUGGAAGAUGAUGGAUUCCCUUAAAAAACAUGACCCGGAGCUUUUUAAGGAAUUGGGCCUCCCCACUCAGUCAUUUAAAGAGGCAGCUUGGGCGGACGGCAGCUCGUCAAGCAAAAAUUCCAGGACUUUGAAAAAGAACGAUGAAAAGAUUUACCCCGUGACUCCAGAGUCCAUUAAGAGUCGCGUGGCUCUGCUUAUCACCAAUAUAACAUUUAGGGAUGCACAUAAAAACAGAAAUGGGGCUGAGAGAGACGAGCAGAACAUGGAGAUGCUGUUGCAGACUUUCGGUUAUGAAGUCGUCAAAUACAGAGACUGCACAGGAAAGCAAGUAGAUAAGGCCGUGCUGGACUUCUCCAUGCAUCCCAAACUCAAAGACACUGACAGCGUGUUUGUCGUGAUCAUGUCUCAUGGGAGACGCGGACAUGUUCUCGGUGUCAACUGGAGCCACAAGCAAACAGAGGAGGGGGCCACCGAGGAAGAAGAUGUCUUCCCCAUUGAUAACAUUUUCAAGCACCUGGCCUCCGACAAGUGCAAAGCACUGGAGAAUAAACCCAAGAUCGUCAUCAUUCAGGCCUGCAGAGGAAACGAGAAGGGGACGGUGUUCAACAGGGAUGGUGCGAAGAAAGAUCUGGUGUGUGACAACGCCUCAGCGAGUGACGACCACAACAUGGUGGACGAUGGGUUGCGAUACAUGCACAAAGAGAAAGAUUUCAUCGCCUUUCUCUCCUGCACCCCUGAUACAGUGUCAUACAGAAACCCGGUGACGGGUUCAGUCCUUAUUAGGCAUCUUGUUGAUGUGCUGAACACUUGUGCACAGGAGGAACACAUCGAGGAGCUGUUCAGAAUGGUCACGCAACGCUUUGAAAAGUCUGACUUAAAGUACGGACAGAUGCCAAAUAAAGACCGAGUGUCUCUGACAAAGAACUUCUACUUGUUCCCAGGCAACUGAAAUCUGUUUGUUUGGUUAAGAAAAAGCCCUUCUUGAAUAUCUUCUUCAAUAGAAACUCCCAUUGUAAUCCUCUCACCCCGUAUUAUUACAUUUACACAACGGUGGUUGUCUUGGUGCUCUUAUCCAACCCUUUGUAUUUAGACUGUCACAUAUCAUGGUAUGUCAUGUUCAUAGGGCAUGAACUUGCAAAAUAAAAAUGUUUAUUAUCAAA